GCCACGGUUCUCGGAAGAAGACCCGGAGCGCGCAAUGGCGAUGGAAGGCCGGCGGGUGCUGGUGGUGGGCGGUGGCAUCGCGGGGCUAGGCGCGGCGCAGAGGCUCGGCUGCCACCCGGCUGCUCCGCACCUGCGGGUCCUGGAGGCCACGGCCCGCGCCGGGGGCCGCGUCCGCUCGGAACGCUGCUUCGGUGGUGUGGUGGAGCUGGGUGCACAGUGGAUCCAUGGGCCCUCCCAGGGCAAUCCUGUUUUCCAGCUAGCUGCCGAGUUCCAGCUCCUGGGAGAGAAGGAGUUAUCGGAGGAGAACCAGUCGGUGGACACUGGAGGGCACGUGGCCUUGCCCUCCAUAAGCUGCACCAGUUCAGGGGCAAGUGUGAGUCUGGAACUGGUGGCCGAGAUGGCUAGUGUGUUCUAUGGGCUGAUAGACCGGACCCGAGAGUUCCUGAAUGCGUCUGAGACCCCGGUGGCCAGUGUUGGGGAGUACCUUAAGAAGGAGCUCAGUCUGCAGGUGGCUAACUGGACAGAGGAUGAGGACACUAAGAAGCUCAAGUUGGCUGUCCUGAACACCUUCUUUAACACAGAGUGUUGUGUGAGCGGCACCCACAGCAUGGACCUGGUGGCCCUUGCGCCCUUUGGAGAGUACAUGGUGCUGCCAGGGCUGGACUGCAUCUUUGCUGGUGGCUACCAAGGACUCACUGACCGUAUAAUGGCCUCCUUGCCCAAAGAUGUGAUGGUUUUUGACAAGCCGGUGAAGACUAUUCAUUGGAAUGGGUCUUUCCAGGAAGCUGCUUUUCCCGGGGAAACCUUCCCUGUGUUGGUGGAGUGUGAAGAUGGUGCCCGCCUCCCCGCCCAUCACGUCAUCGUCACUGUGCCCUUAGGUUUUCUCAAAGAACAUCAGGUUACCUUCUUUGAGCCACCACUGCCUGCUGAAAAGGCAGAAGCCAUCAGAAAAAUAGGCUUUGGGACCAAUAACAAAAUCUUUCUGGAGUUUGAGGAGCCCUUCUGGGAGCCCAGCUGCGAGUUCAUCCAGGUGGUAUGGGAGGAUACAUCACCCCUACAGGAUACAGAUCCCUUGCUCCAAGACGCCUGGUUCAAAAAGCUCAUUGGCUUUUUGGUCCUGCCUGCCUUUGAGUCUAUGCAUGUGCUCUGUGGAUUUAUUGCUGGCCUCGAGUCAGAGUUUAUGGAGACGCUUUCCGAUGAAGAAGUGCUUCUGUCUCUAACCCAAGUGCUCCGGAGAGUGACAGGAAACCCACAGCUGCCAGCACCCAAGAGCAUGCUGAGGUCUCGUUGGCACAGUGCCCCAUACACCCGAGGCUCCUACAGCUAUGUGGCUGUGGGCAGCACUGGGGAUGAUGUAGAUCUGCUGGCCCAGCCUCUCCCUGCCGACAGCAGUAGCACCCAGCUUCAGAUACUAUUUGCUGGAGAAGCCACACAUCGGACGUUUUACUCCACCACCCAUGGGGCCCUGCUCUCUGGCUGGAGGGAAGCUGAACGCCUGUUCGGUCUGUGGAACUCACAGGCACAGCAGCCUUGGCGCAGGCUCUGAGUGCCUGCUGCUCUGCUCUACCAUGUGGGUGAUGGGCCCCUCCUUCUGUCUGAUGAUUUUCAAUCUGGCUUGAGGUUUAGAGAUCUUAUUGACAGCUUUCUUUUUGCAAAAGCAGUCUCAUUUUCUCACGUCUGUCCUUGGAGUCUGGCUUGGACUGAGCAUGAAGUCAUGGAUGACCCACUAACCCUACUGCUGCACACAUAAAGCAGUUCAUACCGCCUGGGUCUGGAAUCCUCAAGCCCCUGAGCUGCAGUAUCCCCAGCUGGUUCUGGGUCCUGUCUCUGCCCCCUUGUACCCCCAAUAAGUGGCUGUUCCCUCUGGGUUCUUUGAGACUUAGGCCCUGUGGUUACCCCUUGCCCUCAGUUUCUGAAGGUGCCUACCCUCCCCUGUUUCCACUGCUGGUGUUCAGGACCACAGUAUGACUAAUGAACUUCCCCUUUGAUCAUUAAUGGAUCUAUGUCAGGCACCCUAGUGUGGUAGGCUGGAUGAAGGUGGAAAACUGAAGAGAUUGUGAAAGGCAGGGAAAGGUGUCCUGUCCCGACCUGGCUUUAGGCUUUCUUGAGAGAGUGAAGGGGAAAAAAGAAAAGAAAAAAAGACUAUCUGGGAAUGGGUUGGUCAAAAAAUGGGGUGGGUCUGGGGAGGGUGUCGGAGACAGGGAAUAUUGAGGUGGGGUUGGGGAGGGUACUAGGGAAUGUUUGGGUAGUUGGGCAAUAUUGGGUGGGUCAAUUAGAUGUUUUCCAGUCUAGUCUUACUGUAUCCUCACAGCAGCUCCAGGGCACAGACCCUGAUGCUUCUGUUUACAUGGCGGAGGGGACAGGACAUUAGACUUUAAUAAAUUAAUAUUUCAUAGUGCUGCAGCUGUCACAGCAGCUUGCACAUCUCCUUUGAUAGUGGAGACUCGGGAGGUUAGUGUAGUUAUCAGGGUGGUGCUGCAGAGGUGAGGUGUAGGAGCUUGCAAAGGCUUGAACCCCAACAUUGCACAGCCUGAGGCUAUCAUUGGCCCUUUUUAUUUAAGGACAAUCAUCCUGCUUCAUCUGGGCCUGGGCUCUGGUUCUACCUGCUGUAAGAAAGGGUUGAGGCCUGCUCACUCACAGUCCAGCUCUCUGUAUGCCUAUUCAUCCUUCUGGAGUGUGUUAAUCGUGAGACAAUGAGACUGUUGGAGAGUGCUUAUGUCACCAGACUGGUCCUGCAUGGGAUACUUGCCAGUCAACCAAGGGAGGAAGCCAAACUCCAGCAGGAUUUAUUGUAAUCUAUGGCUUUAGGACAAAGAAUGCAGCUUUCUUCACAGGCAAAGGUCUUUACUGUUGACACUUGGGGAAGUGUUUCAGUUUCCAGAGAUAGGCCCAGGUUGACACUUAGAGCAACAGGCCUGACAAAGAGGGAAGAAGCUAGGGGGAUUUGAGCUGCUAGGGGUGGGGUUGGGCCAUGGUAGAGAAUCAGCCUGAUAAGCUUGGGAACUUAAAAUCUGAGAGGCAGAAAUGAUGUCACAUCCCUUUAAUCCCAGCACUUGGGAGGGAGAGGCAGGUGGAUCUCUGAGGUUAGCCUAGGCUACAUAGUGAGACCUUGUCUUAAAACAAAAAUCUGAACACAUUUACU